UUAUGUUUCUUACUCCGCCUGAUUGCCCUCAAUCAGUUGCAGUUCUUCAAAUAAUUCAUUCUCUAAAACAGUUGCAGCGGUACACUAAUCACAUAUUUUCUAAUGCAAAUCAAAGAUUAGGAAAAUGUCAAGAAAGAAUCAAUCUUCAGCUUAGAAGAAUCGAAGUAAUAGAAAAGAAGGUUGAAACGCUUGAGCAGGUGAUGGUAAACUUAGCGGAUGUGCAAGAUCAAACGAACAAUGCAAAUUACGAACUUGAUCUGUUGAACGGUGUAUACAAACCUGAACCAUUGAAGAUAAUCAAGGAUGGCAUUGAACGUAAGAAAAAUGCAGGACAUUUUGCACAAAAGUCGCAAAAGUUUGAUAAUUCAGACCUUAACGGUCCUUUGCAAUCUGAUGCCAAAAUUCAUAAACUAAACUUGACAAAACUUUUCACUGCUGACAUGUCUCGAAAAUUCGUUUCAGCGCAACUUGAUUUUUCAGACUCAUUACUUGAAGGUCUAGAAACGUUGACCUCUUCAAUUGGUAAAGAAACAUUUUCUAUUGGAAAUGAGAUUGUUGAAGCAAAUCUUCUAGCAACUCUUGACUGCUCACAAGCAAAUGUCUUCGAUAGUUUGGGUGAAAAAGUUGAAUUUGAUUUGCCCGAGGAUUUGCCUGUUUUUGACACAAAAAGUUUGGGAACAAGAAGUGUUUCUACUCUCUUUCGCUCCGACGAGCAUCUUUCAAGUAAAACGGAAGCUCCAAAGAUUUUAUGCAUUCCAGAUGAAUCAGAUAUUAGAGAAAGGCCUAAACUUGACUCGUGUGGUUUUGAGGAUAAAAUCAGGAAUGACGUUGUUUCUCCUCCAAUUAUACCAUCUGUUGAAGCUUCAUCUCUUCCACAGAUUCAAGCACCACCACCUCCUCCACCACCACCACCUUUACAACAGGUUCAUCCUUUUUAUAUGUAUUCGUAA